UUGCCUGGUUCCCUGUAACUUGGCUGGUAAGAAGUGCCAUGCCUACUUAUAAAAAUGUGUUGAAGAGAUAUUAAAAAUCCACCCAUGUGCCAUUUCUUCCUAGUUAACACACUUUUGAGAACUCAGCAUCAAACUGUUCGCUCUGUGCAAUGACCUUAACCACCACGUUCACUGUAGUGUCAGAAACAGACCACCACCAUCCCAAAUUAAAAAUUAAGACAUGUUCUUGAAAUGAUGAGGAUCACAACUUUUUUGUAAGUGUAAAAUGGUGCUUCUCCAUAUGUGGAUAAGCAUAUUCGUUUGCAUAUUGAUAAUAAUUGCAAGACUUUUAACAUUGUUUAAAGGCUGGGGGUGAGGUAGGAGAAAUGUGUUAUUCAUCCUAUACUUGAAGAAUGGUUACAUACUUUUUCUAGCUCUAAAUACUGCCUAACUAAAACUAGCAGAAUCUGUUUGGCUAGACACCACAGCCAUAUUAAGGUUUCAGAGAAUGCAAAGGCUGAGGAUGAUUGACCACUGUGGCCUUCCAGGUCUUGUUGGGGUCCUCUUUCCAUCAGCCCCAGCCAGCAUGGCCAAUGGUCAGGAAGUAUGGGAGUUAUAGUCCAUGAAUUAUGGGAGUUGUAAUACAACUAACCUGUGAAAGACCACAGGUUAGCUUUCCACUGGCAAAGGAGAAUAAAGUUUUUCAGGGUAGUGAAUGCCAGCCUUUUUCCCAUUGUCAACAACCCCACUAGCUCCUCUCCUGAACUUUGAAUGUUGGACAGGAAAGUCUGAAGGGGGAUUUUGAAUGUGUUUGGCUGGAUAUACUUAGAAUCUUCCUCACAAUUGGGAACCCUGAUACACAUGGUUUCCAAGCACGGAGAGGCUGAACCCAUGAAGUAUCCUAUCAUAAUACUGGUUUUGAUGUGCAAAAGUUGGGGUGGAGCCAGCAGGGAUGGGAAUUUGGGCUGCAGGGCUGCUGCGUGCCCACUUUAUCCUUCCUUGCGUUCUUUGAAUAUCCAAAUAUUAUUUAUUUACUGUAUUUGAUAUUUGCAUCUGUUAGUCUCACUUCAUAACAGAAGUCCUCUGGGGCUCACGAGUGCUUCGGUGCUAUCACCAAGUCUCUGAAGAAAAGAUAGCCUGUGAGCAAAGAAAAACUUGCCCAAAUUAAGUGAUUUUGAUCAUUUCCCCCUUGCAAGAAAUUUUAAAAGCAGGGCCAAAGUCUAGCCUGCAGUUAUUGCUCCUGUCAACUUCCUACAAUAUAUCCCUGUUGGAAGGGAUGCAGAAACUGGAUAGGGUGAAUGGAAGAAUGGAAACAUGCAAAAUGCUAUGAUGUAUAGAGAUGACCAGAUAGUACUACUCCUAAUUGUCUGAUCAAAUGUUACAGCAGCAAGUAAGAAGACAGAGAAUGGAUGCGUUCCAAGAUGUCUUCCAAAAGGUAGAGAAGAUUGGAGAGGGCACCUAUGGGGUAGUAUAUAAAGCCAAAAACAAACAGACAGGCCAGCUAGUUGCUUUGAAGAAGAUCCGCCUAGAUUCGGAGACGGAAGGAGUUCCCAGUACAGCAAUUCGAGAAAUCUCCCUGCUGAAAGAAUUGAAACAUCCAAACAUAGUGAGGCUUCUCGAUGUGGUUCACAGUCAGAAGAAACUCUAUCUAGUCUUUGAAUAUCUGAAUCAGGACCUUAAGAAGUACAUGGACUCGUCCCGUACAGGGGAGCUGCCUUUAAGUUUGGUCAAGAGCUACCUUUAUCAACUGCUACAAGGUGUAAGCUUCUGUCACUCCCACAGAGUCAUCCACAGAGAUCUGAAGCCCCAGAACUUACUUAUAAACGAAAUGGGAGCCAUCAAACUAGCUGAUUUUGGCCUAGCAAGAGCCUUUGGUGUUCCACUGCGUACUUACACUCAUGAGGUUGUAACCUUAUGGUAUCGGGCUCCUGAAAUUUUACUAGGUUGUAAAUUCUACUCAACCGCUGUGGAUAUCUGGAGCAUUGGCUGCAUAUUUGCAGAAAUGGUAACCAGAAAAGCCUUAUUUCCUGGGGACUCUGAAAUCGAUCAGCUUUUCCGUAUUUUCCGCACUCUUGGUACACCUACUGAAUCAUCGUGGCCGGGGGUGACUCAGCUUCCGGAUUACAAAGGGAAUUUCCCAAAAUGGCCGAGAAAAGACAUGAAGGUGUUAAUUCCAAACUUAGACCGAGAUGGACGAGAUUUGCUGAUGCAACUAUUACUGUAUGAUCCCAACAGACGCAUCUCAGCCAAAGCUGCUUUGACCCACCAAUAUUUCUGGCAGACUCCAUCACGAGAUGCCAGAGAGCAACGUGUAGUAGAGAGGUAUGGCCCAUGAGAGGAGGCAAAUCUGCAGUGUGCUUCCCCGACAGUAGUUCCCUGGAUUAACCCUUCCUAAUAACUGAGCCUCUUAUACUUGGAAUUGGAAUGGCUAUAGAGGAUGAAACUUGUUCAUUCUGGUUUAGAAGUUCUCAGCCUUUUAGUGGGGUUAAUGCUAUAUUCAUAUAGAUUUUGACUGUUCUAAAUAGAAGGCAGCCUCUUGUGUUCUUUGAAAACAAACUUGGCACUCUAAGCAUUUGAUGGGGCAAAAUAUGAUUUGAAAUUUUAGGAUUGCUAUGUAUUUGAAUUCAAUCCUAAUCCAGCAACCACAUAUUAUUCUAUCUUUGCUGUAGUUCAGGUAUUGCAUUGCAGAGAAAUUGGUUAUAGUAACUUAGGCACUGCCAGCACAGCCUGCAGAAGAUGCAGUGGACAGGGGAUAUCAUGUCAUUUGAUUCUCCCUGUAAUUAAUAUGGGAGCUUUUUGCUGGCAUUCACACUAUCCAUGCUCAAGAGGAAAUUGUGGGAGAACCAGACAUCAUGAGACCACCCAGAAAUACAACAGAUUUUAGUUUCUUUUUGUAUCCUUUAUCAGCAUACUUGUUUACCUUUUCCCUCAAGAAAGGACAAAAACUUGGUCCAAACACAAUUCACAUUAAAGAAUGGUCUUCUUAAUCUUGGAGCAGCUGUCGGGCCCUUCAAGUUUUCAUUUCUAAUUUAAUUAGAAUGUGAAAGUCUUUGAUCAUCGAUGUGCCAAGAGAGUCACUGAAUAAGCUAGAUAGAGCAGGAUGCUAAAGAAUAAAUAUUUGAUAGACUCCAGUUACUGAUCUUGGCCGAAUACAUGGGGGUUGGAUCCUGCAAGCAGGGUUCUGCUCAUGGAUUGCUCCUGCUGAUAGAAGGGCAGGGGGAGAUAAUCUCCACUGAUUUCCUCUUUUGCCUGCAAUCUCCUGUGUGCUUCCUGAAAAUCUGCUCUGGAGGGAAACCAGUGAACUUGUCCCCUACUUCUGCCUGCUCUGAAACAAAGCCACUGCCUAGUUAUGGGGUUAUUUUUUUAAAAACCUUGUUAUUGAUGUUUUAAGUCAUUUUUAUCAUUAACUGUUAAUAUUAUUGAAGAAGUUUCUGUAUGCACUAAAUAAAAAAAAUAUGCUUUGAUAAAUCUUUUAAUGUAA